AUGCCCGCAAACCUCAAAAUCGGUAUCCCAACCAUGUCCCUGUCAAAACCGGGCCUGCACUCUCUUGACCAUAAGCUCCGCGUCGCGGCCGCUCAUGGCUUCGCGGGGAUCGAGCUGUUUAUUGAUGACCUCUCCCAUUUCGCCUCAUCGUCAUUCAAUGGCUCCCUCACUCAAGCGGCAAAGUAUAUCUCCUCGCUCGCCAAGCAACUUAACCUCACAUUUAUCUGCCUGCAACCAUUCGGUUUCUACGAGGGUCUGGUGGACACAAAUCAGACGACGUACCUGCUCACUGAGAAACUCCCGCUCUGGUUUGCGAUCGCCCGCAUUAUAGGCACAGAUCUCAUCCAAAUCCCCGCAAAUUUCCUCCAGAAUGACCCUGUCACCGGGGCUGCACGAACAAGCGGCGACAUAAGGCUUAUCGUCUCAGAUCUGCAGACGAUCGCAGAUAUCGGUGUAAAGCAGGGCUUCCGCUUUGUGUACGAGGCGCUCUGCUGGUCGACGCAUGUCGAUACAUGGGAAGCAGCGUGGAAUGUCGUCAAGCUGGUUGAUAGAGAGAAUUUCGGGAUCUGCCUGGAUAGCUUCAACAUCGCUGGCCGGAUCUACGCGGACCCCGCUUCCGUCACUGGGAAGACGCCGGAUGCUGAGCAAGCCGUGGCCAAGUCCAUGGAGACGCUCCGUUCUCUCGUCUCCAGUGGAGAACUGGACAUCAGGAAAAUCUUCUACAUCCAGCUUGUCGAUGGCGAGCGGUUGUCGGCGCCGCUGGACGAGAAGCACCCCUUUCAUGUGGAGGGCCAACCCCCAAGAAUGAGCUGGAGUCGCAAUGCGCGGUUAUUCCCCUGUGAAGAGGAGAGGGGUGGGUAUCUUCCUGUGUUGGAGAUCGCGAGGGCGUUCUUUGAAAUCGGGUUCGAGGGGUGGGUGAGUCUAGAGCUGUUUUCAAGGACGUGUAAUGAUCCCGAUGUGAACACGGUGGGGGAGCAUGCGAGACGUGGGAUGGAUAGUUGGAGGAGGGUUGUUGCGGCGCUAGGACUCGAUGUUGAGGUGCCAGCACCGGAGAGGGUGGAGGUGCAGGUGCAGGAGGAGCUGGCUGUUCAGCAUCGGCUGUAG